AUAGACCAUGUCAGAAAGCUACGCCCGCGGCGUUUCGCUCCCAAGAUGCGAGAUAUCUGCACACCCGCGAGAUGGCGGCGACGGGCACACAGAGAGUCCAUCGAGAAAAGAAGAAAAAGAAUGAGGAUCGCCAAGCGUAUAUAAAGCUGUCCUGUUGCUGGUCCCUCCCAUAAACAGAUCCAGUACUACUCACAUAUAUCGUAUAGUUUCUGAAAGUGACAAGAUCACCCAAACGAAAGCCACCGAAAAUGUCCAGAAUCAUCCUAACCGGCGCCACAGGCAUGACAGGCGGCGAAACGCUACGCCAGCUUCUCGCUCACCCGGCCGUCGAGAAGGUUACUGUCCUCACUCGCCGCCCACUCACCGACCCGGCCGUCAACACUUCUCCAAAGCUUGUUACGGUCAUCCACAACGAUUUUACCGAGUACAAUUCGAUCGUGGGAAAGCUUCAGGGUCAUGACGCUCUGAUUUGGUGCCUCGGCGGCAAACCCAGCCCCGACCAGUCCGAAUCCGACUUCAUCCGUAUCAACCACGACUUCCCCGUCAACGCCGCCAAAGCCCUCUCCCACCUUUCUCCCACAUUCCGUUUCUGCCACGUCUCCGGCAUGAGCGUCACGCAAAAUGAAGACGCCGUCUUCCCCUGGCAGAAGAUAACGCGGAAUAUCAAAGGCCGUUCUGAGCGCCAUUUGAACGAUAUCCAUGCCGCUCAGCCGACGUUUGAGACGUACCACCUCCACCCUGCGGGGAUCAUACCGCCGAAGGCGACGGAGACGUGGACGGCGUUUGCGGUGACCGCCGCGAUUGCGCCGUUCAUUGUAGUAAAGGUGGAGGAUUUGGCGGAGGCGUUGAUUUAUUGUGCGUUGAAUGGGUGGGAGGUGCCGAAGGAUAGGGUUAUUGGGAAUGGAGUGAUUAAGACCAUUGCUGCGAAGGAAAGGGUUGCUGCGUCGUCUUAGAUCUACAGGGACAUUGCACAUACAGCACUAUCGCCAUUUUCAUUUCUUGUUGAUACCCCUUUCUAUAUAUGCAUCGCAAUUUAACCCUGAAUGCUUCAAGCCGUCCACAACCAUAAAACUCCGACACUGUAGCCCCUUUCGUGUCAGUUCCAGCGCAAGGGAUGGAGAACACAAAAUGCGAAGGAUCACAACAAGUGGAGGACUCCGGGAGGAUGAAGGCGAACCAGCGCAGUAUGAUAU